CAUCCCCUCGCAGCUCUAUUGCGCAGACCAGCCCGCAUCACGUACCACUUCUGUCGCUUAGAAACGGGGCAUGGUGCAGCAAUCAAAAUGAAUUCUAACGAAGAUGUUAUGAUGGCAACAUCACCCCGCGAGCUUACUCAGAACCCGCUGAAGAAAAUAUGGAUGCCAUGUAAAAACGGGCUGCCUGAAAAGCACAUUUCACAGAGAAGGGUAUGUAUGACCAACUGUCCCACCCUUAUUGUGACAGUUGGCCUCCCAGCCAGAGGUAAGACCUACAUCUCCAAGAAGCUGACCCGCUAUCUCAACUGGAUUGGUGUGCCAACCAAAGAGUUCAACGUGGGUCAGUACAGGAGAGAGUGUGUGAAGAUCUACAAGUCCUUUGAGUUUUUCCGUCCAGACAAUGAAGAGGGGCUGAAGAUCAGGAGGCAGUGUGCACUGACAGCGCUGAAUGAUGUGCGCCAGUACCUGAGUGUGGAGCGGGGCCAGGUGGCGGUGUUUGAUGCCACUAACACCACACGGCAGAGGAGAGGGACCAUCACCAGGUUUGCAGAGCAGAACGGCUUUAAGGUGUUCUUUGUGGAGUCUGUGUGUGAAGACCCUGAUGUCAUUGCGGAGAACAUAGUGCAAGUGAAGCUGGGUAGUCCUGACUACAUAGACUGUAAUACAGAAGAGGUCGUUGAGGAUUUCAUGAAGAGGAUCAAGUGCUAUGAGAACUCUUACCAGCCACUGGAUGAAGUUCUAGACAGGGAUCUGUCCUACAUCAAGAUAAUGGAUGUGGGCCGGAGGUAUCUGGUGAACCAGGUCCAGGACCACAUCCAGAGCCGCAUCGUCUACUACCUGAUGAACAUCCACAUCACACCACGCUCCAUCUACCUGUGUCGCCAUGGAGAGAGUGACCACAACGUCAAGGGACGCAUCGGAGGAGAUUCUGGCCUGUCUGGCAGGGGCAAGGAGUUUGCAAAGUGUCUGGAGAAGUUCAUCCAAGAGCAGAACAUUAAGGAUCUGAAGGUGUGGACCAGCCAGAUGAAGAGGACCAUCCAGACAGCUGAGGCUGUGGCUGUGCCCUACGAGCAGUGGAAGGCUCUCAACGAGAUAGAUGCUGGUGUGUGYGAGGAGAUGAUGUAUGAGGAGAUCCAGGGACAUUUCCCUCAGGAGUUUGCACUGAGAGACCAGGACAAAUACCGCUACCGCUAUCCUAAAGGAGAGUCAUAUGAGGACCUGGUGCAGCGUCUGGAGCCAGUUAUCAUGGAGCUGGAAAGGCAGGAGAAUGUCAUGGUCAUCUGUCACCAGGCUGUCAUGCGCUGCCUGCUCGCUUACUUUCUGGAUAAGAGCGCAGAGGAGCUGCCUUACCUGAAGUGCCCUUUGCACACUGUACUGAAGCUGACCCCUGUGGCUUAUGGCUGUAAAGUAGAGUCUGUCUUUUUGAACGUGGAAGCUGUGAACACCCACAGGGACAGGCCAGAGAAUGUAGACACUUCACGGAUGCCGGAGGAAGCCCUGUUCACAGUCCCCGCCCACCAGUGAUUAGUGACAGUGCCCAAGACUAGAGUGACAUCACUCACCAUGGCGACUUCCUCUACUCAAUCAGCAAUCAAUACAAAUUCCUCUUUUAAUUUUUUCCUUGCAGUGGGAUUGGAAAAAAAGCAUCCGGAUCUUUCAUUGGACAUAUUCCUCGUUCAGGUUCACCAGAUCUUUCUCUUUCCUUCUGUGCAAUGAAAGUCUAGACAACUGGAAUCCAGUUCAAUGGUGAUUCGCCCCACUAUCGGGGUAUGUGUGAGAGUGUGUGCAUGUGAGUGUGUUUUGUAUGUGUGUGAGUGUAUAUGAUCAAGAUAAGGACAAUCUGAUUUGAAACCUAUUUUAAAUACAGGACAUAUGGCUUUUCAUCAAAUUGUAGAGUUGAGCUUUUCUGAAAUCGUGUCUGUCACAGGCAGCCCAAUUCUGGUAUUUUCUACUAAUUGGUCUUUUGACCAAUCAGAUCAACUCUUUUUACAAUAAUUUGGCAAAAGAUCAGAAUUGGGCUGACUGUGCAAACACAGUCUAAGAACCAUAUAUGUUGACAUUGUAUAUUUCUUGUUCUUAGUAUUUUAGUGUUUGUCCACCCCAUUUCAGAGGCUGUGACAUGCACACUCUAAAGCGGGGACACGAAUUGUAGAUUUUACGUCUGGUAUAAAAUCAGGCUGUUCCUAUAAAGGCAGUUUUGCGUAUCUAUCAUUUUCAAUUAAAUUAAUCUUCAUCUAGUUAAAAUCUAAAAAGAUUGACAAGUUUGUUUCCAUGUCGCAUCAGUGAUCUGCUAUAUCUAGAAUGUGUUUAUCUAUUGUUCAAUGUCUACUAGUGAAGGAUACUUUAUCUAAAAUGCCGCUGUAGUUCAGUAGCACAGGAAUAGUUGUUGGCAUCUGUGGUAUCAUAACAAAUCAAUUGAAAUKACUUCUAAUGCCUGUGUAAACGCGUAUAUUUGUAAUGAUCACCAUAAUCAGUUUUCCGUAAUGCUUUGAAUGUCAUUAAAUCGCUCACUGGUUUUAUAUAGUUUUCAGCAUGUUCACCGUGUCUUGUUUGUUCAUUUUGACUUGUUUGUCAACGUGUCAAGAAUAUGAUUCUUUCAAUGUAAAUAUCUACAUCAUCCAAAUGUAAUAAAUAUUUUGAGUUAA